AUGGUUAAAGAUAGGUAUAGAGUAGAGGAACCAAACUUUGAAGCGCAGAAAUUUUAUGAUAUGUUAGAUGCAGCAAAACAACCGUUAUAUGAUGGUUGUAGAGAUGGUAUUUCACCUCUUUCAGCUGCAACAAGGAUGAUGUCUAUUAAAACAGAUUAUAACUUAAGCGAAGAUUGUGUUGAUGCGAUAGCUGGUUUUGUGAAAGAUAUAUUGCCGGAAGAUAACCUUUCACCAGCUACCUAUUAUGAGAUACAAAACUUAGUUUCAGGGUUGGGUUUGCCCUAUCAAAUGAUAGAUGUUUGCAUCGACAACUGUAUGCUAUACUGGAGAAGGGAUGUUGAUCGUACUAGUUGUCGAUUUUGUCACAAACCACGGUUUCAAAAAACAAGUCGAAAGACUAAAAUCCCAUAUAAGAGAAUGUGGUACUUGCCAAUAACAGACCGACUAAAGAGGUUAUACCAAUCCAAACAUACCGCCGAUGCUAUGAGAUGGCAUGGUGAACACAACAGCAACGGAGAAAUUGCUCAUCCAUCAGACGCGAAAGCCUGGCAACAUUUUCAGUCAGUGUAUCCUAGUUUUGCAUCUGAGAGAAGAAAUGUUUACCUUGGAUUAAGUACGGAUGGAUUCAACCCGUUCGGAAGCCAUGGGAGACAAUAUUCUCUUUGGCCAGUUAUUGUAACACCAUACAAUUUACCUCCAUCAUUGUGCAUGAAACGAGAGUUUCUCUUUCUCACAAUUCUAGUUCCUGGUCCUGCACAUCCUAAAAGAUCCCUUGAUGUCUAUUUGCAACCAUUGAUUCAUGAGUUGAAAAUGCUAUGGGCCGAAGGAGUUGAAGUGUAUGAUAUAUCUGCUAGGCAGAAUUUUAUAAUGCGUGCAGUGCUUAUGUGGACCAUAAGUGACUUUCCCGCAUACGGAAUACGAUAUCUACCCCAUGACCAUCCGUAUCGAAAAAGCACCACUUUGUUUACUAAGAACAAAAAGGUGUUUGAUGGUCCGCCACCAGAAAUAGAUGGAAAAUCUAUCCUGACUCAACUCAGAGAUUUUGGUGUGGAAUCGACAGCUAAAUGUGGGGGAAAUGGGCAUGAUCCAGUUUAUGGAUAUGGCGAACAUCACAACUGGCACAAGAAAAGUAUUUUUUGGAAGUUGCCGUAUUGGGAGAACCAUCUACUUAGGCAUAAUUUAGAUGUGAUGCAUAUAGAGAAGAAUAUAUUUGACAACAUCAUGAAUACCAUUCUCAAUGUCAAGGGAAAGACGAAAGACAACCUGAAGUCCAGAUUAGACUUGCCAGAUAUAUGUGCCCGGGAAUCUCUCCACGUGGAUGGGAGAGGAAGACUUCCAAUGCCUAUUUAUCGGUUAGAUGCAGCUGCAAAGCAAGAGUUCUUCGACUGGAUUAUAGAUAGCGUCAAAUUCCCAGAUGGAUAUGCGUCAAAUCUAAGGAACUGUGUUAAUCGCGAAGAAGGAAAGUUUUCUGGUUUGAAAAGUCAUGAUUGUCAUGUCAUGAUGCAGCGUCUUCUCCCAUUUUGCUUCGCUGGUCUUCUUCCAAAACAUGUACAUGAAGCAAUAGCAGGAAUAGCAGCUUUCUUUCGAGAUUUGUGCUCGAGAUCAUUAACAGCAGAUGGAAUUAGAAACUUGAAAGAAAUGAUUCCGAUAAUCCAAUGCAAUGUCCAGAAGAUUUUUCCACCUUCCUUUUUUGAUGUUAUGGAGCAUCUUCCAAUCCAUCUCGCUCGAGAAGCAGAACUUGGGGGCCCGGUUCAAUAUCGAUGGAUGUACCUGGUUGAGCGUUCUAUGUAUCAUUUCAAGCAGAAAGUGAAAAAUUUAAGCCGAGUUGAGGGUUCUAUUGUUUCACAAAGCAUCAAUGAGGAAACAUCCCAGUUCGCUGCUUACUAUUUUGCCCCAGAAGUACAAACUAAAAGUCGAAAACCAUCAAGACAUGAUGAUGGAGGGCAGAGAACAGUUUAUCCCGUCGAGGUGCCUACCAUAUUUUCCCAAAUUGGUCGAUUAAGUGGAAAAGGAAAAAGUAGAAGACUCACCGAACAAGAGCACAUGCACUUACAUAAGUACAUUUUAGCAAACUGCGAAGAAGUAAUGACAUACGAAAGGAUUUACAUGGAGCAAAUAAGGGGUGCAUAUCCUAAUUACACUGAAGAUCAGCUUUCUGCACUAAAAGAAAACGAGUUUGUAAAUUGGCUAAAAUUCUAUGUAAGGUUUCUCUUGUCUAGAGGAGAUCCUAUUCAGCCAUGGUUAGAGGAGUUGGCCCUUGGUCCCAAAUUUGUUGCUGUGUCGUACCCGAUGUAUUGCACGCGUGGAUAUGCUUUUAAGAUUUUCAGCGAAAACACUACGCAGCCAACUAUAAAUCAUGGUAUAUCUGCUAGAUCUGGCGAAGUAAUCUACUAUGGUAUUUUGCGUGAGAUAUUGGAGAUUCACUAUCCGGGGAUCCUUAAUUUGAGGUGUGUUGCCUUCUUUGCUGAUUGGUACAACCCGAUCGUUGGAUAUGGUGUACGAAUUGACGAGUUUGGAGUAACAUCAGUUCAUUCCAGAAGAAGUCUUGCAAACUAUGAUCCGUUCAUUCUGGCUUCACAAGCUGAUCAAGUAACUUAUAUUCGGUAUCCUCGUGUGAGGAAUAAACAAGACCCUUGGGUCACCGUGACCCAUAUAACUCCACGGGGGAAAUUGGAAGGAGUUUCGGAUACGGCUGCGAUGCAACAAUCCUCGAGCAGUGCCAUAGGUGAUCUUCAUGUUGAUGGAAGCGAAAUCGAUCUUGUUGUUGAUUUUACUGGUGUAGGUGACAACGAAGUAUUCUCAGAUUCGGAGUCGGAGAAAGGAGAAUUCAACGAAGACUCGGUUUCUUCAGAAUAUUCAUCAAAUUCGGAUUAA